AUGAGCGUUCCACCAUCAGUCACUGCUGGGCUAAAAUUAGACAGCGGCAUAAAUUAUGCAAAGUGUGCUGCUUCUCGAAAUAACGUGUCAAUUUAUCGCAUAUAUAAUCGGCGAGGUUCCACCGGGGAACCGUCAGAGUUGUACAGACGUCCUACCGGAAGAAAAAGAAGAAGAUUAGGCAACAGUGCUGACUGCAAAAGUGGCAGUAGUAAGGAAACUAGUAUAGGAAUUCGCUCCGGUGGCGAUCCAGAGGAACAGCCAAACCAUCAGCCAAAGGGUGACUGGAUGUUGCGACGGUGGCUUAGCUCUAUCCCGUCCUUAGUUUCGUCCCUCUUAGUUUCUAUUUCCUUUCGAGAAAAUCUUCUGUACCGAUCGCUUCCAAUCAGUACCGCAACAGCAGCAGGCAGUGUGAGGCAAGAAGAGCCAUUUGAAAAUUAUGGCAGUGAAUGUGGAAAUUAUAAUAAGCAAGUGACAACAUAUGAAGAUAAUGGUAGGAAAAUGUGUGGCACUCCGCGUUUCCAUGAAGGUUCCACCGCAAACCGCAGCCGCCGGAGCCGCCGUCAGCAUGGUUGGCCGCCGUUGCUCCGAGGCAUCGGUCGCAUAGACGUGAAGCUAAUGCUGGUGAUUAUGGUGCUAAUUGGCGUUAUUGAUUACUCGGAAGCCGGAACAUGUUGGCUGCGGCGAAUAGAGAGCACCGGUAAGUGCAACAAGCUGUUCACCCGCAACGUUACGCGGGAGAGCUGCUGCCAGGCCGGAACCGGCCUCGGGUUUACCGAUCGGGACAUCACCGACGUGCAGAUCUUCUUCGUGAAUGCUUUCAACGAUGGAAUGGACUGUUCGUCCUGUCUCGCGAAUAACCUUUACGUUUUCACAGAGAGCUGCGAGAAUGCCAAAUGUGGACCCAACAAACGUUGCGUUAUGAAGAAGGGGCGACCGAAGUGUAUCUGUGCGCCCAAUUGCAAGGCUCCCAAGCAGGCCAAGCAGCUGCCAAAGCAGAACAUCAAGGUGAUCAAUCUGAGCGUGAGCCAACGAAACCGAAGACAGUAUUUAUCGACUGGGCCGCGAACUGCCGCGUCUCGGUCAGCUCCGUCGAUUCAACUCGGGGGAUCGAACAACAAGCGGAGCAUUCGGGUACUAAGUGAUGACCCGUCCCAAACCCACCAUUCAACAAGGACUGUAAAAACUAGCCUAAGUGAGAAAGCGUCAAGCCAAAGAAGUAAUAACGUGAGUAGUAGAAACCGACCGGAUCGUUCGAAAGUGAAUUGUACGGGCGAGGAUGACGAGUCGACGGGCUGCCUGCACCUGAACGAUCGGCUAGUCCUGAUGGCUGACAGUCCGAUGCAAACCAAUACGCUUCCGCAGGGCUACGCAAAGAAAAGCCGCUCCGAAGCAACGCCGGUUUUGAUAACCAGCUCGGUUGGUACCAAUCUGCGGCAUCGGAACCGUAAGAACACAUUUGGCAACAACGCUAACAACCGAACGCUCGCGCAUGAGGAACCAUCGCGAACCCAACAUCACAGCCGAGACUUUGGCAGACCCCGGUUGCUUCGGUUGACGCCUGGAAACGAUAACGGCACCAUCGCGGUCGGAGAUCCCCGAGCGCACAGGCGGCGGCCGCACUUGGAAGAUUCGUUCUACGUUGGUGAAGUCCCCCAUUCACGGCGCAGCCGCAUGCGGGAAACCGAUUUCGAUUUCGGGAAUGAAAUCAUGCCACACACCGGAUUCUAUAAUCCAGUUUGCGGUACCGACGGCAAAACGUACAAAACCGAGUGUCAACUGAAGAAGCGAGCCUGCAGGCAGGAGAGCACCACUCUCGUGGUCGCUUACAAGGGACAUUGCCAAACUACCUGCCGGCUGGUCCAGUGUCCGGAGGGCAAGUACUGCGUCGAGGACCAGCACUCCACCCCACAUUGCGUGACCUGCGCGCGAGAUUGUCCAACCGAGUCCAGAACGUUUUCCGCCAAGUCCGUCGUCUGCGGCACCGACGGCGUCACCUAUCGGAGCAUCUGCGAACUGAAACAGAAGGCCUGCCUGACGGGACGGGCGAUUCCGGUUGCCUACCGAGGUCGUUGCAUCGAAACCGCCACCUGUGAAACCAUUAAGUGUAAGGACCGGCAGCACUGUCUGACUGAUCUGAAGACCCAUAAACCACGCUGCGUCAGCUGUAGCUACAAGUGCCCCCGAUUGAAGAGGCAACAACCGCAUCAGGGACGCGCUCGACAGCUCGGUAGCCACGGAGGAAACCAUCACCGAAAUCAGCACAUGCAGCCACACGUAAAACUGUGCGGAACCAACAAUCACACAUACCACUCGUGGUGUCAUAUGCUGAAGGACUCGUGCAACACUGGGUUCUACAUCGACGUACAGUACAACGGGGUGUGCACCUUCGAAGUCUCGCAGCACCCGCCAUUCUCGCCCACUCGGUUGCCAAACCGAAACCGUAACGAAUCGGAACUAAGCAGCCAAAGUUAGGAAAUUUAGUCGAAUUUGACCCCUUGGUUUGGCUCAUUUUGGCUUAGAUUAAUACGCAUACCACCCAGGCACUGUUGUAGCACACAGACAAGUAGUUUUCGUUAUCGCACGAGAAACUAAUACCAAAAAAAAACUUGACAGUUGAUGUUGUUUCAAAGAUGUAAAAAGUAGGAUCUUUCAAUGUCUAUUUAACACAAACACAGUAAGAUAUAUAUGUAUUUAGGGUUAGAUGAUCAGUGUAAGAGCUUAUCGUUGUAAAAAUAUUUCAUCCACAAUUUUUAACCAUAGAAAAUGAUUUGUAAAAAUUCGAUCUGAUUGAAGUGAAACUAUUUAUAUUUAACGAAUAGAGUCCCUCUAUUUAUGGAAGCUAAACACAAAUAGUCGUACGCCACCCAAUAUAUUUAUUGCCUUGUACAUUGAAGCUAACGCCGUCUAAGGUUAGCCUUUUGUUUUGACCUUGUCUACUAUUUAUUCGUUUUCCCGGGGGAAACGCUAUUUAUUGAUUGUAAGAUUUUCCCUUCGAAACCAAAAACUAACUUUUAAUGGAAGCUAAGGGAAGAGAGUUACAAAGCAAACAAAAAUAUUAAACAAAUCAAUGCGAGACGAUCCAAAUUUAGACUAAACGCAAAUUAAUAUUAAACGAAUAAAAACGGAUGCAAAAACCACUCAAUUAAUUCGGUGCUGUUCUUCAAUCUAAUCAUUAAAGUUUUAGCAAGAAAAUAAAUACCAAUAACAUGAAUUCCAAUUGUUGUUCAAAUGUAAGCGAAUCGAGAUGAUGGUAAUAUGCACUGAAACUAUAACUUAGCUAAAUUUCCAACCCUACAAAUCUUUAGGCCACUACGAGAAAAAAAAAUGAAAACUAACUCGUGCGUAGUGUAGUUUUUUGGAUUUUCCUGUUGAUUAUAGUAUUGUAAAAGUUUCAAACAUUGUUCCGACAUUGAUUAAUCGUGUAGAAAAGAUUUUUAAAUGAAGGUACAUGUCGUGAAAGCAGAGGCAGGGUUGAAAUACUCAACCGUACCUUUAAGAUUUCGCAACAUGAUGCCAUUCAACGGGUUGACUGAGUAAGAAAAAAAAUCUCACGCAUAAACCAACAAAGCUGUAUGUAAAUGCGACUAGCGCAGUUCAAGAAAAAUUAUAGAAUGUAGAAUUUACUUUUUGAAUAGUAAAAUUCUAUUUACUAUGCUUACAAAUAAAUAUGAUGAGACUUAACUAGGGCAAAUAGAUGGAAAAUAACAACAGUAAUAAUAAAUGUAGGGAAGAAACAAACAAAAAACACACUGGUCAACUUGCAGCACAUUUUCGACCAAAUCAGACAGGUUCUGAAUGUCAUCAGCUUCGAAACCACACCACACUACUACUUUAACAGAGGUCUGCGAUUUUAGUUACAGAUCACAGAGACAAACACACUCACACGCACACACCCACACAUACAUCCACUUAGAACGCACUGCACACCGUUAAUCGAUGGGUUUCAAAAACAAUGGCUACUCGCUAAAGUAGUGACAGGAAUAGCAAAUAGUGAAAUUCAUCUCAUUAAAAUUCUUGUACUCAAUUUAAACGCAAUAGACGCAAACCAGACAUAGGUUGUCCCAUACCCAGCAAAAAAAAAAAAAAAAGAAGAAGAAAAUUGAUAAUGGUAUUAGAGACAAACUAGUGGAAAACCGGAACACGACAGUAUGUAUGUAUUUGGCAAGAAUAGAACGCACUACUCUGUGGCGAACUCAGCCAACGGUAAACUUAUUGGUAGCAGACAUGGAACAUGGAAAUAGAAACGAAAUAAAUGUUUAUUAAUGUUGAUAAAAAGAAA